AACCUAAGUGAGUUUUGUACUAUUUUCUCUCUCUCCAUGAACAAGAGUGAUAGUUGUACACUAAAAAUAGCCAUCAUUUGCAUCAAAAUCUCACAAAAAACGUCAAACACACAAAUCUUAGUGAGUUUUAUAACUUUUUUUUCUCUUUCCAUUGGAACAAUUGUAUACUAAAAGUAACCAUCAUGAGUAUGAUGGCGGUGCUACUUUUGAUUUGCAUCAUUUUGAUGUCACUAAAAAUUGCCUAUGAAACUCUCUCAUUUUACUAUUUGAUUCCCAGACGUAUCACUAAAAUUAUGAAAAAACAAGGUGUGUGUGGUCCUAGACCUCGAUUUCUUGUUGGAAAUAUCUUUGAUAUGACUUCUCUUGUCUCCAAAUCAACCUCAAAUGACAUGGAUUCUAUUCACCAUGAUAUCGUCGCUCGCCUUUUGCCCCAUUACGUCGCUUGGUCUAAGAUUUAUGGGAAACGAUUCAUUUUUUGGAACGGGACAGAGCCGAGAAUGUGUUUAUCAGAAGCAGAUUUAAUCAAAGAACUUUUUUCAAAGUAUAGCAGUGUUUCUGGAAAAUCAUGGUUACAACAACAAGGUUCUAAACAUUUUAUCGGGCGCGGACUUUUGAUGGCUAACGGCGACGAUUGGUACCAUCAACGCCACAUUGUUGCUCCUGCUUUCAUCGGAGAUAAAUUAAAGAGUUAUGCGGGAUAUAUGGUGGAAUGUACUAGUGGGUUGCUCCGAUCACUCGAAAAUGCGGUCAAAUCAGGUCAAAUGGAGUUCGAGAUGGGAGAGUACAUGACUCGACUCACUGCUGAAAUAAUUUCGAGAACAGAGUUUGAUAGUAGCUAUGAGAAGGGAAAACAAAUAUUCCAUUUAUUAACUAUUCUACAGAAAAAGUGCGCGCAAGCUAGUCGACACUUGUGCUUUCCUGGAAGCAGAUUUUUUCCGAGUAAAUAUAACAGAGACAUAAAGACAUUAAAAAUAGAAGUGGAGACGCUACUAAUGGAAAUAAUACAAAGUCGAAAAGAUGGUGUAGAAAUUGGGCGAAGCAGUUCGUAUGGGAAUGAUUUAUUAGGAAUGUUACUAAAUGAGAUGCAAAAGAAAAGAUCAAGCAAUGGAUUCAGCUUGAAUUUGCAGCUUAUUAUGGAUGAAUGCAAAACUUUUUUCUUUGCUGGACAUGAAACCACUGCCCUUUUGUUAACUUGGACGGUUAUGUUGUUAGCAAGUAAUCCCUCUUGGCUGGUUCAAUUUAUAUAUACACCGAUAAUAUAUAAUUUUUAUUUUUUUGCGUUGAGUAUGAUAAUCAACGAGUCGUUACGACUAUAUCCACCAGCGACUGUACUUCCAAGAAUGGCAUUUGAGGAUUUCAAAUUAGGUGAUCUUAAUAUACCCAAAGGAUUAUCAAUAUGGAUUCCAGUACUUGCCAUACAUCACAGUGAAGAAAUUUGGGGAAAAGAUGCAAAUGAAUUUAGGCCUGAUCGUUUUGCCUCUAAGCCCUUUACUGCCGGACGGAAUUUUCUUCCGUUCGCCGCCGGUCCUCGGAAUUGUGUUGGACAAUCAUUUGCCCUAAUGGAAGCUAAGAUUAUAUUAGCAAUGUUAAUAUCGAAAUUUCGAUUCACUAUUUCAGAGAAUUAUCGUCAUGCACCUGUAAUUGUCCUCACUAUUAAGCCUAAAUAUGGAGUUCAAGUCAAAUUAACACCUUUGACUACUUAG